GAGGAUCUUGAAGCCCUGAUAGCAGAAUUCCAGAGUUUAGAUGCUAAAAAGACCCAAGUAAUUGAAUCAUCCUGCCCACCACCCUCACCCAGGCUGAAUGGCUCCCUCUCUGCUCACCCUGAGAAAGAUGAAUUGAUCCUUUUUGGAGGUGAAUAUUUCAAUGGCCAAAAAACGUACCUGUACAAUGAACUGUAUGUUUACAACAUCCGGAAGAACAGCUGGUCUAAAGUAGAGAUCCCCAACCCACCACCAAGGAGAUGUGCUCACCAGGCAGCAGUGGUGCCCACAGCCGGCGGGCAGCUGUGGGUAUUUGGUGGGGAGUUUGCAUCUCCCAACGGGGAACAGUUCUAUCAUUACAAGGAUCUCUGGGUCCUGCAUUUGGCUACCAAGACCUGGGAGCAGAUCAAGGCAUCAGGAGGUCCCUCCGGACGAAGUGGACACCGAAUGGUUGCUUGCAAAAGACAGCUGAUCAUCUUUGGAGGUUUCCAUGAGAGUGCAAGAGAUUACAUCUAUUACAACGAUGUGUACUCCUUCAACCUGGACUCCUACACCUGGAGCAAGCUGGCUCCAUCGGGGGUUGGACCUGCUCCGAGAUCUGGGUGUCAAAUGGCUACCACUCCUGAGGGCAGCAUAAUCAUCUAUGGAGGCUACUCCAAACAGAGAAUUAAGAAAGAUGUUGACAAAGGCACCCUGCAUACAGAUAUGUUCCUAGUACAAAGGAUUGGAGCAAAAGCAGAGGACAAGUGGGCAUGGAGUCGACUCAACCCAUCUGGAGUGAAACCCACUCCCAGGUCUGGCUUCUCCGUGGUGAUUGGUCCCAAUAACCGCUCGCUCCUGUUUGGAGGUGUGCAUGAUGAAGAAGAGGAAGAGAGCAUUGAAGGGGACUUCUUCAAUGAUAUUUAUUUCUAUGACAUUGGGAAAAACCGCUGGUUUCCUGGACAGCUAAAGGGACCAAAAUCAGAGAAGAGGAAGCGAAGACGUGGCAGACAAGCUGAGGCAGAUGAUGCUGAAGACGAGGAGAUGGAGAAGCGUCCCCAAGGCCCAGUGGAGGUAGUUAAAGAGGUGGUGGCAGAAGAUGGGACUGUCAUGACAAUCAAGCAGGUGAUCUCUGGAGCUGCAGAAGAGAAGAAGUUUGAAUCAGAGGAGGAGGAGGAAGAGGAAGAUGGAGCCUUGGGCCAGCAAGUGGAACCAUGCCCACGUUCCAAUGCCAUGUUGGCGGUGAAGCAUGGGAUUCUCUAUGUCUAUGGGGGAAUGUUUGAGGUGGGCGAUCGCCAGUUCACCCUCAGUGACCUCUACAGCAUCGACCUGCACAAGAUGGAAGAAUGGAAAGUGCUAGUGGAGAUGGAUCCAAAAGCACAAGAAUGGCUGGAGGAGUCAGAAUCAGAUGAAGAGGAGGAUGAUACGGAAGGUGCAGAGGGAGGGGAAGAGGAAGAGGAAAGCUCUGAAGAGGAGAGUGAAGAUGAGAGAGGAGAAGAGCAACACCCAUCUGUCCAGCCUGAUGAGGAGCACGCAGACUAUCUCUCCAGGACAGAGCAGUACUGGAUUAAACUUGCCCGCAGCAACAUGGGCCUGGAUGCCAAGGAGAAGAAGGUGGUAAAAGUGGCACAUGCCAUGGCAAAGACUUUUUACGAAGAUUCAGUCUAGAUGUUCUUGAGGCUGUUCUGUGAGUGAAGACACAUGCUGG